GAGAAAAGUCAAGUUGGGUGGGCGUGGGAAAGAGAGAGAGAGAGAGAGGAGACGAGAUUACUUGAGGGGAGGCAAGAGCUGAGCUGAGCCUUGCCCGGACGACUUCUGUCUCCUCUCCUUCAUCAUCUGCUGCUGUUCAUGAUGGUGGAGCUGUCGACGACGUCCUGACUUCUUCUUCUUCUUCCUCUUCUUCUUCCUCAGCUCCAACCCUCAUUCCUAGUCCCCUUUUGCAGGUGCUUUUCCGUCUCUCAUGGGCCUUCUCCCUCUUUACAUCAAGAUGCCUGAUUCAUCACAAGAAGUUCAAAAACACGAUGUGAACCCUGAGCAGCUUCCAAGGGAAGAUAACGAGUAUGUUAGGCUGGUUGUAUCUGAUGAGCCAAUAACAGCUGAAGCUGACAAUUUACAACCUCAAACAGACGAAAGAUUUCACAACUUUCUGUGGUGGACCAAAGUCUUGUCAUUGUUGACUAUUAUUACUAUCGUUGUCCUUGUUUUCUUAAAAUGGGGAGUUCCAUUUCUACUGGGAAAGGUUCUCUAUCCGAUUAUGCAAUGGGAAGCCACUGCGUUCGGUCGUCCGGUUCUUGCCUUGGUGCUUGUUGGUUCUCUGGCUUUCUUCCCUGUAAUAUUAGUUCCUUCCGGACCUUCCAUGUGGCUGGCUGGAAUGAUAUUUGGAUAUGGUCUAGGUUUCAUAAUUAUAAUGGUUGGAACGACUAUUGGAAUGGUCCUGCCCUAUUUAAUAGGACUACUGUUCCGUGAUCGUAUACAUCAAUGGUUGAAAAAAUGGCCCCGAAAUGCAGCAUUGCUUAGACUUGCUGGUGAAGGGAGCUGGUUCCAUCAAUUCAAAGUGGUUGCGCUCUUUAGGAUCUCGCCAUUUCCCUACACUAUUUUCAAUUAUGCAGUCGUAGUGACUAGUCUGCAUUUCUGGCCCUACUUGUCUGGAUCUAUUGCUGGAAUGGUACCUGAAGCUUUCCUUUACAUCUACAGUGGGAGAUUAAUAAGGACAUACACAGAUGUGAAGUAUGGGAAUCAUCACUUGACCACAGUUGAAAUUGUAUACAAUGUUGUCUCUUUUAUUGUUGCAAUUGUCACCACAGUUGCCUUCACAGUUUAUGCCAAAAAAGCCUUACGUGAGCUCGAAAAGAAAGAGGCUAAUGGGGAGGACUCUGCAUCUGAUGAUGGCAUUCUCGAGAUGGAGAAACUUUCUCCGGAAAGACCCACACGUACCAAUUCUUUGUUACCUUCGUUAUAGAUUUUAGAUGAUUGAUACCUGUAAAUAGUUGAAUAUGUAGAAAAGGCUUUAGGGUUCUGUACUGUGGGCCAUUUAUUUUUUUUCUCCUUUCCUCCUCCACUGAUGGCCUAAUAUGGUUUUUUUGUUACUAUAAUAGUUGAGAAUAGUGGUUAAAGACCUGCUCCGAGUGGAGCAUUUGCACAUUACUUGUUUGAAGAUCUAUAGCGGCUAGAAAUGGGGACUUUCCUGCAUUUCUUGGA